CAAUAAAAGACAGAGCCAAGCACACAGCCAUCACAGAAAGUUAUAGUCAAGCCUCAAAGGAAGUCAGGGAUGGUUAAAGGAAUUAUUCUAGCAGGAUUCCUGGUCCUGCUCUGUCAUGAGCUAGCUGCACAAGCUCAUGUGUUGAGUAGGCACAACACUGCCAACAGCAUCGGCAAGAUCAAGAACUUGCUCCAGCAGCUUGAAGAAGCCUUGGUAGCUGAAGAGGAUACAGAAGGUGGUGUGGAUUAUGAGGACAGGAACAUAGCACUAAGCCAAAGCCAGGCUUUUCCAGGCAGGGUGGACCAGCAACCGAUUGAGGACAGCAACACUGAUGAGGGACUCGAGAUGCAGAGGAAGCACCUCAUGGAUCUCCUGCUGUCCACAAAGAGCAAGAACUUCUCUGGCUGCUUCGGCGGAAGGUUGGACCGCAUCGGCUCCUCCAGCACUCUCGGCUGCAAUGCUAUGAAAGGUUAAAUGUUUUGUCAGGCUCUGCCGAGAGACUGGAUCUGUUUGAAGUUCAUGAGGACAACAUGCAAGAAACAGUGCUUCAGAAAAACCUGCUGAAAAACUGUCGGACUGGGCGCGCAUACAUUUAGGGUAUUGGUGUGAAUGUGUGAAUGUAAUUCAGUGAUUAAUAGUUCUAAGAUUUCUAAGAUUGAUUUAAAUCUGAGCAUAGUUUCUGUCUGAAGAUCCGUUUAUUAACACACAGAACCGAGAGCUAACGGAUGCUUUAUUGAUUUCAAUUUUAUAAAGGUCACAUCGUUUUGUCUGUGUAUUCACAUUGUACUUACCAGCUGGAGUUUAUUUAUCUAAAACAUUCUUUGUUUUGUCUGUUUCCUUUUAUAUGCACGUCAAUAAUCUACAUGUAUGUACUGUUUCUCUUUCCAGUCAAAUCAAAGUGACUUUAAAAUGUCUGUGUGAAUAAAUAAAUAAAUAAAUACAUCCUUUA